CAACUAAGUGAUAAGUUUACGCUUGAUGAAGUAGCAAAAGUGGUUACAGAUAAAUUGGGUAAACCAGAAAAUGGAGGAUCAUUACGUUACAUUGUUAAAGGUAAAGAAUUUUCUGCCGACGAUCCACGUGAAUUUGAAGGACAAAAGAAACUUAUAACCAGUGGUGUAACGGUAUAUGUUUGCCAGCGUAUGAGAAGAGGAAGUAAGUUGUUCGUUCAAAAAUUAUCUUAUAUAAAGAUGACAUGCUGGCAAAUAGUAACUAGUUAGGAGUUUUAUAAAACUUACAUACGGCCAGCUGCUCUUUACUUAUUGCUUACGUAGCUUCAGCCUUCUGUUAGUACUAGCAUUCAUAUUCCGCCCCAUUGUACUCUUUUGUCGAGUUAGUUUACUCUCUAAAAAAAAUAGGCAGUUUAAAAAACACAAACGGCUUUUUAUUCCUGUUUGUAAACCCAAAAGGGUAUAGU